AUGGCAACCAAGGAAAACGGGAACAUAAAAACUCAUGCCUCUCUUCUGUGAAUUCUAAAACAACUUCUUCUACGGUCCCUCCCUUCCACCUUCAGUCGCUCAACCACAUACCAUGGCCGACGACGACGAAGGUUUCCGAAUUCCACCCCACAGGAAUGUUUAUGAUCUCAAUAGCAAGAUCAUGCUCACCGCAAUUAUAUCUUUAUCAGUAGUUGUUCUGCUUGUCAUAAUGCUUCACAUUUAUGCCAGGUGUGUCCUUAGACGCCAAGUGCGCCGCCGCCGUCAAGGCUUUCUAGGACGCAUUCGUAGCACAGGUCUAACCACGUCUGGUGAGCCACCCAAGACCGGGCUGGAUCCCAUGGUUAUCAACUCAUUGCCUAUAUUCGUGUUCAAACAAACAAGCGACAACGUCGGUUAUUAUCAUGAUGAAGAUGAUAUGUCAACAGAGUGCGCGGUUUGCUUAAGCACGUUGGAGGAUGAAGAGAUGGCCAGAUUUUUACCAAACUGUAAGCACACCUUCCAUGCUGAGUGCAUAGACAAAUGGUUGGCCUCGCAUUCCACAUGCCCAAUUUGUCGAAUGGAGGUAGAGCCACGGCUGCAACCGGAGCCUCGUGAAGGUCCGGCUAUAGCGAUUGUUGAUUCUGCUGCUGCUGAUGCUCCACCCGCAGCUCAAUCACAAUCAUUGGAAAGGGUGAAUUCCACGGGUCAUUAUAUGGAAGGGGCAUCAGAUGCUGGUAUCCAAUUAUCCUCAGCUAAGAUCAUCAAUUGCUCUAGCUCACGCUUGAGUUCUUUCCGCAGGAUGCUUACUAGAGAAAGAUCAAUGAGAAGAGGUCAAUCAUGUGAAGAGAAUGAAGAUGUUAUACAAGAUUUAGAAAGACAAUGAUAAAUUAUUGGUAAUACUUAGUCUUUAAUUGUUUUUCUUCUGCUUUCUAUAAGCAAUUAAUACUUGUACUUACAUUUUAUUUGUCUAUUUUUCUUUUUUAAAAUGUCUCAAAAUAUGUUUUUUUUCCUUUUUUUUUUUUA